UGCGAUCUACCUCUCGUCGGACCUGACAUGGAUGUUAAGCUGGGAUAUGUUUUGUUUUUUGUUUUAUUGCGGUUACAACACACGAACGGUUUAUAUCUCACCAAUACAAAAGAGUCCCUCCAGCGUACGCUCAGGGAGUACAGCCUGGUGUAUCCGGUCAGCACGGAUGCCCAUGGGCGCUUCCUGGUGCACGCUGUCUCAGCCGACCAGCUCUGGGAGCAGCUGCCUGCGGUUGCCCAGCAACGGCGACGCAGGAGGCGCGAGGCCACGGAGGAGGAGGGGGGUCACCACGCGGCCGACCCCCCCGCCGGGCACGCGUCGAUGGAGACGCUCUUCUACAACGUGACCGUGUUUGGACGCGAACUCCACAUGCAGCUGCGCCUCAACUCGCGCCUGGUCGCCCCGGGGGCCACUGUGGAGUGGCGCGACGAUGAGCACGCUGCCAACGGGACGCGCUACGAGCCACUUCUGCCCAGCGACUGCUUUUACGUGGGGCACGUCACAAAUCUGCCCGACACGUCAGUGGCCAUCAGCAAUUGUGAUGGCUUGGCGGGGAUGAUCCGUGAUGGGCAGGAGGAGUAUUUCAUUGAGCCGCUGGAGAGAGGACGUUCGCUGACUGGAGAGGAACACGGAGGUCCUGGCCGCCAUCAUAUCGUGUACCGUGCCUCUGACAUCAACAGGCCGGAGGUUACUCCCGUAGCCAACUCUCACUCCGCAGGCCCUGACCUGAGUGGCGUGGGCGACCUGGAAGUGCUUUCCCGUGGCCUCCGCGAGCAGGUGAAUAAGACCAGGCGUGUGCGCCGGGCCGUGGAGGACGAAGUGUUCAACAUCGAAGUGCUCUUAACCGCUGACUUCUCCGUGGUCGAGUUCCACGGCAGGGAACACAUCCAGAAGUAUCUGCUGACCCUCAUGAACAUCGUGAAUGAGAUCUACCAAGAUCGAACUCUGGGUGCUCAUAUCAAUGUGGUUCUUGUCCGUAUUAUCAUUCUUGGCUACUCUCAGUCUGUGAGCCUGAUUGAGCUGGGGAACCCAUCCAGGAGCCUGGAGAAGGUGUGUCAGUGGGCUUUCCUGCAGCAGAAGCGCGACAAGAGUGAUGUGGAAUACCACGACCAUGCCAUCUUCCUCACACGUCAGGAGUUUGGCCCUACUGGCAUGCAGGGCUUCGCCCCUGUGACAGGGAUGUGCCACCCAGUGCGCAGCUGUACGCUCAACCACGAGGACGGCUUCUCCUCCGCCUUUGUGGUGGCGCAUGAGACUGGACAUGUGUUGGGUAUGGAGCAUGAUGGUGAGGGUAAUGACUGUGAGGAUGAGGUGCCCAUGGGCAGCAUCAUGGCGCCGCUGGUCCAGGCUGCCUUCCACCGCUUCCACUGGUCCCGCUGCAGCCGAGAGGAGCUCCACAAAUACCUGAACUCCUACAACUGUCUCCGGGACGACCCCUUCGACCACAACUGGGCCGAGGUUGGCCGGCCAGGUCUGCCUGGCCUCCAUUACUCCAUGAAUGACCAGUGCCGUUUCGACUUCGGGAUGGGCUUCCUCAUGUGCAGCGAGUACAGCACCUACGACCCGUGCAAGCAGCUGUGGUGCAGCCAUCCUGAGAACCCCUUCUUCUGCAAGACCAAGAAGGGCCCGCCCAUCGAUGGCACCAGGUGUGGAUCAGGCAAGCACUGCUUCAAAGGGCAUUGCAUCACUCUGACGCCAGACAUCUUGAGGCAGGAUGGGAGCUGGGGUCAGUGGAGCAAAUUUGGCUCGUGCUCACGCACCUGUGGGGGUGGCGUGCGAUUCCGCACUCGGCAGUGUGACAACCCGAUCCCUGCAAACGGAGGACGCACCUGCUAUGGCAACAGCUAUGAGUUUCAGCUCUGCAGCAUGGAUGGGUGCGCCAAAGCCUUCGCCGACUUCAGAGAGGAGCAGUGCAAGAUGUGGGAUCCCUACUUCAAGCACCAGAACACCCUGCACAACUGGUUACCGUACGAGCACCCCGACCCGGACGAGCGAUGCCAGCUGUACUGUCAGUCAAACGAGACCGGAGACGUGGUCCCGAUGAAGAGAAUGGUGCAUGAUGGGACUCGUUGCUCCUACAAGGAUCCCUACAGCAUCUGUGUGCGAGGAGAAUGUGAGAAAGUGGGCUGUGAUAAUAUCAUCGCCUCGGAGAUGGAGGAAGAUAAAUGUGGAGUGUGUGGAGGGGACAACUCCACCUGUAAAAUUGUUAAAGGCAACUUCACCCGGAGCACCAAGAAAGAGGGUUUCCUCAAGAUCCUGGAAAUUCCCCUGGGGGCCAGGCAUCUGCUGAUCCGAGAGUUCAAGGGGACCCCUCAUAUACUAGCGGUAAAGAAUCAGGCCACAGGGGAUAUCUUCCUGAACAACGACGACGACUUCCCUGAGACUCGGACUGUCAUAGAGAAAGGAGUGGAAUGGGAGUAUCGGAAUAAUGAUGACAUGGAAAUAGUGCAGACUUCAGGGCCUCUGAAAUACGCCGUCCUCAUAAUGGUUCGAUCAUAUGGUGUUUCCAAAGUCACUCUUUCGUACAAGUACAUCCUUCAUGAAGGGCUCCAGUCGUCCAUCGAGAACAACCUUCUCCUGGAGGACACGGCCUACUUUGAGUGGGCACUCAGGAAGUGGUCCCACUGCUCCAAACCCUGCGGUGGAGGCAAGCAGUACACGCGCUUCGGCUGCAGGAGAAAAGCAGACGGCAAGAUGGUCCACCGCACCUACUGUUCCAAUAUCCCCAAGCCCCGCGCCAUCGGCAGAGCAUGCAAUGUGAAGGAGUGUUCCCAACCAAUCUGGGAGAGUGGCGAGUGGGAGGAGUGCAGCCGGACGUGUGGAAAGACGGGCUACCAGGUGCGCAGCGUCCGCUGUGUGCAGCCCCAGGCUGACGGCUCGCGCCGCUUCAUCCACAGCAAGUUCUGCAAUGACGACCGGCCUGAGAGUAGACAGCCCUGCAACCGGCAGCUCUGCCCAGCACAGUGGAGGGCUGGACCCUGGUCCCUGUGUUCAGUGACCUGCGGGAAUGGGACGCAGGAGAGGCAGGUCCAGUGUAAUGAGGUGGUCAACGCAGAGGGCCAGUGCUUGGAUCCCAAACCAGACACCGUCCGACCCUGUCCUCCCGUCCCCUGCCCCAAUCACACAAGAAACUUCAUAAUCCAGUGGCUCUCCAGACCUGACCCCAAGGUUUCUGCGCCCAAGACCUCCUCAAGGCAGCCCUGUAAGGGGGACAAGUCUGUCUUCUGUCGGAUGGAGAUGCUGAGCAAGUACUGCUCCAAUCAAGUGUACAAGCAGAUGUGCUGCAAGGCCUGCAACGAGGCCAACUACACCACCACCAACUGGACGAGGCCAACAACCACCACCACGCCAGUUCCGCAGACCAGCCCGUUCACCACGUCCACCUUUCCGGCCUACGCGGAGGAUUAUUUUGAUCCCACUGAAGACUAUUUCCCCGAGGUCCCCAUCACCAGUGCCCACAGGACCACAGUGAGCGCCACUGACCUCUUCAGUACAGAGGUGCACACUACGCCGAGCCCUACAACCACUUAUGAGGAGACUACAUUUCCCAUCAGCACCGACACCGAAUGGGAUCCCGAAUGGGACUGCACCACUCCAGGGCCAAGAACGACUUCCUCAGCUCCCAGGUCCUACGUCCCCACAUCCUGGUUGGAUGUGGUCAGGUCCUGGAGUCCUACCACUAAGCCUGUACCUGUCACUGUCGAGUCCAGAGGCGACUCAAUCCCGCACCCUCACAAAAAUACCAGAUUGUUGGUCACAAGCGCACCCCCCACCACCCCUAUGCCCCCGAAAGCAGAGGAUAGGAGAGACAAUAACUCUGUCGACGUGUCAUACAAGAUUGUUGACGUCGACAACGAGGUCUCUCCGAAUGUCUUUCUUCUCAGGAAACGACCUCACCCAUCCCAAGAGAGAACACAUAAUAAACGGAUUCAGCAGCUUCUGGCAGAGAAAAGGAGACAGGACUUGUUCAAACGAUUGAGAAGGAGACCAGUGGUACAAUAGAUGUUUGCCAUUUUAUCACUUAGAGACUUUUUUUUCCAAAUUGUAGUCAUCGUGUCAAGAUCACAUUUCAGCUCUUUUGAGAAGAUCCGUCCAGUCUUAUGGCUGCUGUUGUUCGUUAGCCAACCGCUGGCCCAGCUAAAUCUAAUGACUGCAACAUGGUUGAAUUGAACAAGUUCUCAUUGAUAAUAAAGACAUGUUCACAUUAACAUUUACAGGUUAACAAUGUUUGAAGGGGAAAGCCAGCUUGCAAAUUGUGCACUUUUUUACCUUUUUUAUGGAUAUUUUGAAAUAUGCAACAACCCAUUCAGUCAGAAAGAGUAGUAAGAUUGUACAUGUUACUUAAAUUUUGACAGCACUAUACAGUCUAGUAAACACACAAUGCUCAUACAUAUAGUCUAGACACAGUGAAACACAUUUUGUCUCAUAUUGUUUUCAUUCAAUCCAAAAAGUUAAAUGUCCUAUGAUAGCUUUUUAUAAGCAAGGCUGCUUAUAUCCUGAAAACCCCAGAUCUUUGCUAUUGCGCCCUGUGGAAUGUUCUUUGCACAUCUUUCUUUGCUGCUUCUUGAUUAUAGUGUGAGUAGCUCAUCUGUGGUCUUGAGUUUUAUACUCUGGCAAAAAUCAGGUCCUCAUGAAAAUAUUGUAUUUGUUGACCAAAAUGUUCCCAAACACUGAGACAAUCUCCAAGCAACCCAAAAUGUGGUAUUAAUAAUUCAUUAGUUCACAAUGUUUAACAUCUUUUGUAAAAACGACUUGCCAUUGUUGACUUUGUACAUAUGGUUUAGAUUUUUAUUUUUAUAUUUAUUGAACUGUCUUUUGCGUUAUUUUCCCAUUAUCACUGCAGCUUACCUCAGAGUUUCCACUUUUGCUAUGAAACAGCGGAUUGCUUGAUACUUUUACUAUAUGCAGGUGCUUGCAGCAUGGGCAGCAUUUCAGCGCACCUACUGAGAGCAACAGACCAGAGCCCGAGACAAGUAUCUUUCACAGUACUCACGCCCUCUCUUAAAACAACAAAGAAGUGACUUUUUUAUAUUAAUUUAAUAAAUUUGCAAUUGAAAUAA